GUCAGAUUCACUAUUUUUCUCCUCCAAUUUUUUGAAGUGCAACUUUGUACACAAAAUAUAGCAGGCCUUAAUUUGUUGCCGCUGCAGAUUUGCCGCCCCCGAAUCACUAACUUGUUUUUAAUGUCGUGACACUGUUGUUCCGAUCACUUGGGAGUAUCUUUUCACUCCACUUCACUUUCGGUAAAAUAAGAAAACCAUAUAUCCUUGUUAGUGUCAAUUGGUGCUGAGGUUUAGAGAAAACCCUAACAAUCAUAGUUUCGCGAUUUUUCCGCAACGGAGGAAGAUGGAUAUUGAGUUCUCAAUGGCGUUUCCUCCUUAUCGCCCAUCUCACUUCCGUAGCAAAACUUAUAGCACCCUUGUCCGUAUUCUCUCCCACGUCUCUCCUUCCGCCGUUCCAACUCAAUCCCUCAAUAUUCCUGAUAAUGGCAAGGUUGGAAUGGGGCAAGAAAACCAGGAACUGGAACCGGUUCGUUCUGAUGUUAUGGAUCCCAAGGGUUCUAUACCCUUGAAGGAAAUGCAUGAUGUUCAUGAGAUCGGUGAGAGCGUUGGAGACAGGAGCAAGGAUUUUAGAACCAAUGAAAUUGUCCUUGACGAUGAAGACUCUUUGAUGGGGAUAGACGAACCAUCCUCACAAACAAAUGGUUUUCAUUUGGAACAAAUAAUGGACGAAUUGGAGCUUGUUGUGAAAGGGACUGAAGAUCCUGUUUGCAAUGAUGGUUUAAUCCCUUUGAACUGCGAGAAACAGAACAGUGGUAGUGAAGUUGAUUUGAUGGAUUACCGAGUAGAGAAUGUUGAGUUUCUGCAUUGUGGUACAAACACGUCUGGAAUUGUAAGUGAGGUACGAACAGAUUUACCUGUGGAGCUUAAUCAACUUGACUCAGAAGUCUUUCAUGUGGUUGAGUCAACAAAGGGAAAAGCUUCUGAUUCUGCAAUCAGUACAACAUGUAUAAAUCAUGAUAGUCAACAAAAGGAAACAGAAUUGGUGAAACCGGUUUGUCCUGUAACGAGAUCGCUUCCUACAAUUCAAGAGAGUGAAUUUGAGAAGGGAGAACAGUAUGGUCAUCAGGUUGAUGAAGUAGCUCAUAGUUCUAUAGAUCAUGAUAAGAUUAAUGAAGCAUUGAAUAUGACAGAGGAUGGUGGAUUACUGGAUUCAACAAUUUUGGAAGAUAAAAACAAAACACAAAAUAAUGAGAAACCAGAAAAGUUAAUUUGUGCGACAGAUGCUACAAAUUCUUCCGAUCUUCUGGUUGAAGGAGAUCUAGAAGAGGGAGAAAUUUCUGGAGAUUUUGCAAUGGAUGGAGACACAUUUGACGUGUCUUCUGCUGUUGCUACAAUAUCAGAACAGAUGAAAGUGGAUGAGAUUCAGAAACCAGGGAAUUCAUUUGGAAACAAGGCACCUCCCUUCAAUGCCGUACCAACAUAUUUAACCCCAAAGCAAGUCUUGCACAAAGGAUUCAUGGAAGAAACCACUAUCAAAGAUCAUGGGAACUCGUUUGCUGUACAGGAGGUAAUUGAUGUCGGUAGAAAGCGAAAAUAUGUUCCUGAUUCAGAGGAGGAGGAAGAUAAAAAGAAGGAGAUGGUUGAUGCCAGUAAAAGUAAACGCGGUCCUGGUUCUAAAGAGAAGAAAAAUAAAAAGAAGAAGAACUAUCGAAAGAACAGAGCAGAAAAGAACAGAGAACAAGGUGUUAAAAGGUUGAAGCUGAUUCCUGUACAGAAACCAAAAACCAUCUCAUAUUGUCGCCAUUAUAUCAAAGGAAGGUGCAAUGAGGGUGACAAAUGCAAAUUCUCUCAUGAUAUUGUUCCUGAAACAAAGUCCAAGGCAUGUGUUCACUUUGCUCGUCACUCUUGUAUGAAAGGGGAUGAUUGCCCAUUUGAUCACCAACUCUCUAAGUAUCCUUGUUCUAGUAUGGUUUCUAAUGGCUCUUGUACUAGAGGUGAUGCUUGUUUGUUUUCACACCAGGUACCGAUCAACCAAUGUAUACCUACGCCUACAAAUGCUUGCAAACCAGAGUCAAAGACUCCUCUUCCAUCGGGAAAUACAAAUUUCAGUACGCCACUGAAUAAUCAUGGCUCUAGUUCUGUCCAACAAAACCACUCGACCAAUUCUAAGGGAACAGACACUCCGCAGAGAAAGCCUACCUCCGCACCCAAAGGAAUUAGAUUCAUAAAUGUUGCUAACUUAUCAUCUAGUACGCCAAAACAAGACACGACAACACCAAACAAGGGAAGUCUUGUCCACAAUGGGACAUGUGCAGAUAAAGGUCAAAAUACUGCAGAAGUUACUAAGAAAUUUUCAGCUGUCACGCCCAAGGGAAUUAACUUUCUUUCAUUCGGAAAAGGUUCUGUUUGCAGCUUUAAAAGUUCUAUUCAAUCUACUGCACAGAAUUUACCGCAAGCUGCCCUAUUCUCACAUAAUGAAAUUUCAGACAAAAAUCAAUCUAUAGUAGAACGAAUGAAAUCAAAGUUUCUAGAGAAAGAUUCAACUGAUGAUUCUGUGAGGGAUCACAGCCAUUGUAAAUCAGUUCAAGUGGUUAAAAAGGCGUCUGACAAUUCUCAGACUUCAAAUGUGACCUCAGCCACACUUCUUGCCCGUCCGUUUGUUUCACAUCAGUCUUCAGGAAGCCUUGUUUCUGGAUAUCAAAAACAUGCAUCAAACUUAAGCCAAAGGGCAGUCUUAUCAACUUUAGCUUUUGCAGCGGAGCAUGAAUCAGGUAUUAAGAUGAAAUGCCCCACUGUUGAUUCACCUGUAUGAUCAGGAAAAUAAGUAAAACAAUUGCAGCUCAAAGUUUGAAAAGAAUGUCAUUGGUAAAAUUGGUUUUGGUCCAUGAGGCUCUUCGUGAUUUGAAUCAAGGCACUUCUCAGCUUUAUUGGAUGAUAGAUCAGAACGGGGUUUGUUUAGUUUGCAAUGUUUCUAUUUCUCUUGCGGUAUGAUUGCAGGUAACGCGCUCAUGCGGCUUAUGACGACAAACUUGCCAACGUGCCAUAUCCGCAACUUUCUUGCUUCUGGAUGUGACUUGAAUUUUGAAGUGGCUAAUUGAUUUUAAAUUUUGUUUCUUUGAUUCACAUACCUAUCAAACUUUGUCUUGUUGUGUUUCCUCUACAGGUAACUUUGAGCAAAUUGGUUGUCUUAUAAGAUUUUGCAUGAAAAGCUGCUUAAACCAGUUGUUUGAUUUUUGUUUCUUAUAAUUCUGCAGGUGUAUGUAUAUUUUGUAUUUAACAGUGCUAGAAACUUUUGAUUUCAGAAUAUUUUCUGGAAGAAAUUCUGAUAAAAACAUUGGAGCAAUAUACGGUUGAAUGAUCUGUCAUUAACUUCAUCACCUUCAUGUAAAUUGUGAUUUUGAUUAUUUCAACUUCGUAAGUCUAAAAAAAUAAGCAAUAUAAACGUGAGUUGGAUUCUAUGCAAAUUAGACUACACAAUAUGCAUAUAAGAGAAGAUUUAGAAUCUAAAUACUACUUUAGUUAAGCUCUUUCUUAUCGGACUUGGAUCUUCUUUUUUAUUUUUUUAUCCUUUCUUUUCCUAACUU